AUGUGUGUGGACUCGUGGAUCAUUGGUGACCCUAUCAUCCGAGUAAUCCCAAAUUAUCCUGUAUCCCAGUAUGGGAUUGAGCUAGCCCUUGCACAAGGAGAUCUUGAGUUCUGUCUACAAACCUAUCCAAUUCCAGAGCGCGAGGAUUCUUUCAAAAUUAACUGGCUAUUAAGUCUUAUUGAGACCCUUUGCAAGGUAUUUGUGGAUGAUAUUGCUCUCCGCAAUAUUUUAAUACUGGAUGAGCAGCUUAAACUUGCAGAUUUUGGACAGCUGAACGAAACUAUUUUUAUUCAAGGAUGGACUUGCUACGGUACAUACUCGCCCGAGAAACAAGCUCGACUCGGCAGAGACUACCCAAAUAUCCCCAUUAAUGCAACUUUCUUCGGUCCCGGGGAUCCAAAAGAGGCAAUCCUGAGGGUGGGCGUCUGGCUCGCGUGA